AUGCAGCACAUUCCCGCUUCUCCUUCCCGAAAUCUAAGGGUGGCUCUUGAAGGCUGCGGACACGGUAAAUUGAAUGACAUAUACUCAUCAGUCACUAGAGCGGCAGAAGUCAAGGGCUGGGAUGGCGUUGAUCUCCUCAUCAUUGGUGGCGAUUUUCAGGCAGUGCGCAACUCGUAUGACUUGAGCUGCAUGUCAGUUCCGCAGAAGUACAAACAAAUUGGGGAUUUUCAUGAGUAUUACAGCGGUGCCCGUGUCGCUCCAUAUUUGACGAUCUUUGUUGGAGGAAACCAUGAAGCCAGCAAUCAUCUCUUUGAGCUCUACUAUGGAGGGUGGGUAGCCCCCAACAUCUACUAUCUUGGCGCUGCCAACGUCAUCCGCUGUGGGCCUCUUAGAAUCGCAGGUAUCUCUGGAAUCUGGAAAGGAUACGACUAUCGCAAAUCCCAUUUUGAAAGGCUCCCGUAUAAUCGUGCCGAUAUGCAGAGUAUUUACCAUGUCAGGGAACUUGAUGUUCGCAAACUGCUACAAAUUCGAACCCAGGUUGAUCUGGGCUUAAGCCACGACUGGCCUCAGGGUAUUGAAUGGCAUGGCGACUUUCAAAAACUGUUCCAGAAGAAGCCAUUGUUUGAACCGGACGCGAAUUCAGGAAGAUUCAAUCCAAAUCCACAGCCUCACCACCAACCCCAGCAGCCAUCGUUAGGAGAUGAUGUUCUCAGUUCACCGUCUCUUGUUACAAAUGAGCAGCCUGAGGUGCCUGGUUCUACUAAUGAAGGUGUGACAGCUACUCGCAGUGUCGAAGUGGGGUCUGAUGCAGCACAUAUAUCAUCCAAGGAAGUAUCGACUACAAUCGUAGAUACUGCAAUGAGUGAGGAGAUCAUAAUGUCAACGCUCGGUGGCGAUGACGAAGCCACUACGCGCGCAGCAGAGAGCGCCAAAAACGCCCCACAGCCACAGCCUGCUCAAGGUGCAGAACGUGAUCGUGCACAGUUAUCAGCCUGGCAGAACUUCCACUCAGUUGCAACCAAAAACGAUGCUGAAGAAAAUGUUCGACUCAUGAAGGAAGCGGCCGAGUAUGAGAAACAGAUUGAGGCUGGCUUGAUAAGUAGACCAGAGGUUGCGGUUAAGGACGAUAACCUAGGACGUGAAAUUGCGGGUGUUGCAAAAAUCGGAUAUAAUGCCCAGCAGGAACUUCGGGAAAUUACCGAACAAGAGAUAAGAGACGGAGGAACCGAGGUUAAAAAUCCCGACGAGAUUGAUAUUUGUCUUGAUAGCUCAUCUGACACUUCGGAGAAACUUGAGCAAAAGGAUACCAUAAGCACUAAGACUAGAAGUACGGAUAAAAUGGAAAUUGAACAUAGUAUUUCAUCAGGGAAAGCGGAAAAAACCGCUACAGCUGCAGUGGAUGCAGCUGAAGCUUCACAAUCAGGGGAUAUCCCUAAGGAAAUUCGAGAUCAACUACCAGCAAGUUUCAGGAAACCCGAAACAAUUCUAGAUGAUGCCCCAGUUUUCGAGUCUACCCUACCAGAAGCCAUCAGCAAUACAGAAACAAACUUCCUGGCCCUUGAUAAAUGCGACAGACAUAGACAAUUUAUUGAAUUGGUGGAAUACCCGGCCAUCUCGUCUCCUGAGGAGGGAGAAACUGGAGAGGAGAGCCGCCCAUACCAAUUGAAAUAUGACAAGGAAUGGCUCGCCAUCACUCGAGCCUUCGCUGACGAACUCACACUCGGCGAUCCCAACGCCUCCGUACCCACGAACAAGGGAGACGCACGUUACAAACCCAGCAUCCUCGCCGCGGAACAAUGGGUAGAAGAAAACGUCGUCAAACCAGGCAGAAUGACCAUCCCGCACAACUUCUCCAUCACCGCACCCGUCUACGACCCUGCCGUGCCCAUCACGACAACUGAGAUGCCGCCAGAGUAUACGAACCCGCAAACGGCGCAGUUUUGUGACCUCAUUGGGAUUGAGAAUAAGUUUCAUGCUAGUGAUGAGGAGCGAUUUGCGCGGGCUGAUGCGGGGCCGCAUCCGGAGCCUCUUCAGCAGCGGCAUGGACAGCGGUUUCGGGGGCAUCAAGAUAGAUCUUUUAAUUCCCUCGGGAGGGGGAGGGGGAGAGGAUUCGGGAGGGAUGGUGGCCGGUGGCAAGGUGGUCGUGGUGGCCGGGGAGGUGGAGGCAGAAACAGGGCAGGCCGUGGUGGCCGUGGUGGCCGUGGGGAAUAUUAUGGCGCCCCGAUAUAA